AAAUAAUUUACUAAACCUAAAAAUAAGGAAAGCAGCCGUUCCGCCACGGCAUGUGUGCCCUGCGUUCUCUCCUCCUUCAUCCCCGCCUCUGGCUGCCAGCAGGUCCUUUCUCUCACUGCCGUUGGGACCCCGUGUCAUCGCCCAGGCCGAGCACGAUGCCCUCUAAGAAGGGAGGUGAUGGAAUUAAACCACCCCCAAUCAUUGGAAGAUUUGGAACCUCACUGAAAAUUGGUAUUGUUGGAUUGCCAAAUGUUGGGAAAUCUACUUUCUUCAAUGUAUUAACCAAUAGUCAGGCUUCAGCAGAAAACUUCCCAUUCUGCACUGUUGAUCCUAAUGAGAGCAGAGUACCUGUGACAGAUGAAAGGUUUGACUUUCUUUGCCAGUACCACAAACCAGCAAGCAAAAUUCCUGCCUUUCUAAAUGUAGUGGAUACCGCUGGCCUUGUGAAAGGAGCUCACAAUGGGUGGGGCCUGGGAAAUGCUUUUUUAUCUCAUAUUAGUGCCUGUGAUGGCAUUUUUCACCUAACACGUGCUUUUGAAGAUAUCACGCAUGCUGAAGGAAGGGUAGAUCCUAUUCGAGAUAUAGAAAUAAUACAUGAAGAGCUACAGCUUAAAGAUGAGGAAAUGAUUGGGCCCAUUAUAGAUCAACUAGAAAAGGUGGUUGUGAGAGGAGGAGAUAAAAAACUAAAACCUGAAUAUGAUAUAAUGUGCAAAGUAAAAUCCUGGGUUAUAGAUCAAAAGAAACCUGUUCGCUUCUAUCAUGAUUGGAAUGACAAAGCGAUUGAAGUGUUGAAUAAACACUUAUUUUUUACUUCAAAACCAAUGGUCUACUUGGUUAAUCUUUCUGAAAAAGACUACAUUCGAAAGAAAAACAAAUGGUUGGUAAAAAUUAAAGAGUGGUUGGAUAAGUAUGACCCAGGUGCCUUGGUCAUUCCUUUUAGUGGGGCCUUGGAACUUAAAUUGCAAGAAUUGAGUGCUGAGGAGAGACAGAAGUAUCUGGAAGUGAACAUGACACAAAGCGCUUUGCCAAAGAUCAUUAAGGAUGGGUUUGCAGCACUCCAACUAGAAUACUUUUCAACUGCAGGCCCAGAUGAAGUGUGUGCACGGACCAUCAGGAAAGGGACUAAGGCUCCUCAGCCUGCAGGAAAGAUCCACACAGAUUUUGAAAAGGGAUUCAUUAUGGCUGAAGUAAUGAAAUAUGAAGAUUUUAAAGAGGAAGGUUCUGAAAAUGCAGUCAAGGCUGCUGGAAAGUACAAAUAACAAGGCAGAAAUUAUAUUGUUGAAGAUGGAGAUACUAUCUUCUUUAAAUUUAACACACCUCAACAACCGAAGAAGAAAUAAAAUUUAGUUAUUGCUCAGAUAAACAUACAACUUCCAAAAGGCAUAUGAUUUUUUUUUAAUUAAAAUUUCUGAAAAUCGAUGGGACAAAUAAAGUUGGGGAGAUGGGAAUCUUCGACAAAC